CAAAGGCUUAUUAUUGCAGGUAGAAUCCAAAGUAAGCAACCAUGGGAGUUUUAACAUUACUGUUGGUAGCCGUUGUUGGAACUGUCUACGGACGUACCGGUUUUGAUGGCGGUUAUGGUGGUGGCUAUGGCGGGGGUAUAGGCGGAAUUGGAGGAGGAGUAGUUACUUUAGGGAGCGGCGGAGGAGGCGGAGGUGGAGGAGCAGGUGUUGUUGUAGGUGGAGGCGUUGGUGGUUUAAUUGGAGGUGGCGUUGGAUAUAACGGUUUGGUCAGAGGACCUGGUCGUUGGUGGUGUACCUGCCGUCCUAAAGGUUGCCGUAAAUGGGAGCUUACUUUGGACAAAAAAUGCAGACUAACACCAUUGUUCCCAUUUCAAUGGGAUACCUGUUGUCAAUGGUUCCCAUGGUGGGUAACCAGCCGUAGCUACGGAUAUGGAGGUGGAUAUGGUAGUGGACUAGGUGGUGGAAUAGGCGGAGGAGUAGGUGGUGGAGCAGGUGUUUUAAUUGGUGGUGGUAUAAGCGGAGGAUUAGGUGGUGGAAUAGGCGGAGGAUUAGGUGGUGGAAUAGGCGGAGGAAAAAAGUCAUAUUAUUAAGCGAGAAAGGUUACCAAACGAAGAUAACAGUAUAACGCAUUUUCUUCAAUAAAAUGUAGUUUGCAUA